AUGCAUCUCCGUAAAGCGGCAAACCACCCAUAUUUAUUUGAUGGAGCAGAACCUGGUCCACCAUACACUACUGACCAACACAUAGUAGAUAACAGUGGCAAGAUGGUAGUCCUGGACAAGUUGUUGAAGAAAUUGAAGGAGCAAGGUUCUCGCGUUCUUAUCUUCUCCCAAUUUUCAAGAAUUCUUGAUCUCUUGGAGGAUUAUUGUUGGUGGAGGCAGUAUCAGUACUGUCGUUUGGAUGGUAAUACAGCUCACGUUGAUAGGCAAGAAGCUAUAGAUGCGUUCAACGCUCCAGAUUCCGAAAAGUUCAUUUUUAUGCUAACAACAAGAGCUGGAGGUCUUGGUAUCAAUCUAGCCACAGCAGAUGUUGUUGUUAUCUUUGAUUCUGACUGGAAUCCACAGAGUGACUUGCAAGCUAUGGAUCGUGCUCACAGAAUUGGUCAGAAAAAGCAGGUCCGAGUUUUCCGUCUGAUCACCGAAAACACAGUUGAAGAGCGUAUCAUUGAAAGAGCGGAAGUUAAACUGCGUUUGGAUUCCAUUGUUAUUCAACAAGGAAGAGUGGCUGAAGCGCAAAAAACUCUAGGAAAGGAUGACAUGAUUAACAUGAUCCGCCACGGUGCUGAAUUG